AUGUCAGGAAGCAAAGUGUUGUUAACGUAUAAGCGAAAGCGGCAGUCAAGAACAGAUCCUGUACAGGUACAUGAGUGCCGUAUUUCACUUUUUGCUGCUCCCGAUGAUACUUCUUUAAGCAAACCACCAGACUUGAAAGUUCAUUUGAUUGAUAAGCGUUCAUCAGAAAAUUACAACAGAAAUUAUGCGACUAGAGUCGCGAACACCAUGCUAUUUCAUAUUAGGUUCGAACGAGUUCAGUUCAGAAUCAUAUUAUACACGUUCAAGUUGCAGCGCCCAACUUUCCAUCUCGCUGCUUCUUCUGCUCCGACUUAUAAUGCUGAUUUCCUGACUUAUAAUGCAUUGAUUUUGGGACUCUGCAAGGAGGGUAAGAUAAAGAAAGCUGCUUAUCUGGUUAAAGAACUUGAUAGAAAGCGCUUUGUCCCAAAUGCCGCAACCUUUUCUGCCCUUAUUGAGGGGCAGUGUGUGAGAAAGAACUCGGACCGUGCCUUCGAGUUAUGUAAAAGCAUGAUAAGGAGUGGUUAUCAUCCUGAUGAGCAUACUUUUAAAAUGCUGAUAUCUAGCUUCUGCAAUAACGGGGAUUUUGAUGGAGCAGUCGAAGUCUUGAAAGAAAUGUUUGAGAGAUCUUUUUCUCUGGAUUCAAGCAUCUUAUCUGAUUUAUGUCUAGGACUAUACAGAUGCGGGAACGAUAAAAUGUUAAAAUUGUUAUGCAGUGGGAUGGAAGCUAGACGACUCAUCCCUCAAGGUUUUGACAUGGCAAAGAUUAUAUCCUCUGGAGUAGUGGAAGAGAACUGA